AUGUCCUGCCCCUCGACUAUGCCGGCCACGCCCCGAAAGCUUGCGCGACGCAGUGGCUCCGAGACCACAGUGGCUCCGGAGCACAGCGACAGCGAGAGCCUCGAGAGGACCUGCUCCUCCAGCCUUCCUUCUCCACGCCCAGACACACCGGGUGUUGAAGGGCAGUGCAAGGUAUUCGUCAAGACCACGUUCCUCGAUGUGGAUGAGGGGCAAGGCCUCAUGCAGUGCUUCGCACAGCUGCGGGGUCGGACCAUGUCAGACUCGGCUUUGGUGAUUGCCUUUGACGUCGAGGAGGCCUACAUGCCUGGAAAGUUCAGUGAGGAGCAUGCCAGUGAUUGCACGGCAAAACCUACGGUGGCAAAGGCAACAGAGCCGGCCAGCCAGUCGAAAUCGCAGCCAGUUCAGAAGAAGAUCAACCCGGCAAAGCAGGCUUCGGACAGAACGACCGUGAUGCUGCGUAACGUCCCCAACAACUACACGCGAGAGAUGUUCCUCGCCCUCCUUGACGACAACGGCUUUGCUGGGCGCUACGACUUCGUUUACUUGCCCUGUGAUUUCCGGCGCCAGGCGAACCUGGGCUAUGCCUUCGUAAACCUCGUGGAUGCCUCUGCUGUGGAUGCCGCCUGGGCCGCGUUCGAUGGCUUUGUGGAUUGGGCUCUGCCAACUCAAAAG